UCUUUAUACUGUACUUAGGAUGUCGUAAAAACGAAGUUAUGUUUUUCCAGUCUCUAUUUACUCCCCUUACCAUGUAGUUAUUUUUAUAUUUGGCUUGUUUGAGCCGAAUCCGACAGUAAUCCAACAUGGUGGUGAAAGGCAGAUAAUGUACGAGAUUAUCCAGCGAGAGGAGCGGCCACGCGCAUGCGCACACACGCGCUCCCGUGUACUUUCACUUUCCGGCGGUCUAAAAAAAACCCAUAUACAGUAUAUACACACACACACACACACACACACAAACACACAUUUCUGCAAGGCCAUCAUGGCGAUGCUCGGCAGCUUUGGAGGAAGUCAGCGAGCUGCUAAAAGCCUCGGAGGUGCAGGAGACCGAGAUCUGACCGAGUUCGUCUGUCCAGUUUGUCUCGAAAUAUUCGACUCACCGAUGAUCACACAAUGUGGACACACAUUCUGUAACAGCUGCCUUCAGGAGUGUCUGCGACCCAAGAAGCCGGUGUGUGCGGUGUGUCGAACCGCUUUGGAUAAAUGGGAAAAGGCCAAGGAUAUGGACACUUUAAUCCGGUCGACAGACAAACCGUGCAAGGGCUGUGGGAAAGGGAUCAUGUUGUCGGAGAUGAGAGAACACAUGGGAAGCUGCUCUAAAUAUCAGGACUACAUCCAGGAAGAGCUGAAGAACAUCACACACAAUCAGCCCGACGCAGUGAGCUUGGUGCCUAACCGCUACACCUUCACCUGCCCCUACUGCGACUGCCCCAACUUCGACCAGGACGGCCUGGUGGAGCACUGCAACUCCCAGCAUGCUCGGGACCCACGCCAAGUGGUGUGUCCGAUCUGCGCCUCCAUGCCGUGGGGAGAUCCGACCUACAAGAGCUCCGACUUCUUUCAGCAUCUCCGGAUUAGACACACGUUCUCCUACGACACGUUCGUGGAUUUCACCGCAGACGAGGAUGCGAUGGUACAGGAGGCAAUCCAGCGCUCGAUCAUGGAUAACUGAGGGUUCUCUGGAGAACAUCUGUCAGAUCUGUGGGUUACACCUACAACAUCCUGAAUAAUCACUGAGGGUUCAUCCACCAUAAAUAUAUCAGAAGUGCUUUUUUCUUAGGUUUAAUCUGUUUAACCAAAGCUGGGUGUGCGUGUGCGUGUGUGUGUGUGUGCGCGCGCGUGUGUGUGUGUGUGUGUGUGUGAGAGAGAGUGUGUGCGCGCGUGUGUGUGUGUUUUAUAUAAGCAAGCAAAUACUCAACGUGUAUAUAGUCUGAGAUGGGAAAAAAAAAAAAAAAUAAUUUUCUCUCCGUUUUAUAUUUCGGACAGCGUGAUUCUGUGUGUGUGUGUGUGUGUGUGUGUGUGUGUGUGUGUGUGUGUGUGUUUGUGUGUUCGUGUGCGUGAUUCAAGACUAACCAAUCAGAUCGUAGCUUCAUGGUGCACUCAGUACAAUAAAAGUGUGUGUGAGUAAUGGGUUCAGAAAAGCAGAUAAUUUUUUUUUCUUUUUCAGCUAAUAUACAUCUUUAUUUACUUGUUUUUGUUUACUUUUGUUUAUUAAAAAUUAAAAGUGUAUUCGGUGCCUUUUCAGCUUUUAUUAUCAGAUCUUCAGGUCUUUAUACUCAUUGUUCUUCCUUUACGUUUUACACACACACACACACACACACACACACACACACACACACACA